UUUUUAAGUACUGGUGACCAGGCAGCAAAAGGCAACUAUGGGCUCUUGGAUCAGAUUCAAGCACUGCGGUGGAUUGAGGAGAAUGUGGGAGCCUUUGGCGGGGACCCCAAGAGAGUGACCAUCUUUGGCUCGGGGGCUGGGGCCUCCUGUGUCAGCCUGUUGACACUGUCCCACUACUCAGAAGGUCUCUUCCAGAAGGCCAUCAUUCAGAGCGGUACCGCCCUGUCCAGCUGGGCAGUGAACUACCAGCCGGCCAAGUACACUCGGAUAUUGGCAGACAAGGUCGGCUGCAACAUGCUGGACACCACGGACAUGGUAGAAUGCCUGCGGAACAAGAACUACAAGGAGCUCAUCCAGCAGACCAUCACCCCAGCCACCUACCACAUAGCCUUCGGGCCCGUGAUUGACGGCGACGUCAUCCCAGAUGACCCCCAGAUCCUGAUGGAGCAAGGCGAGUUCCUCAACUACGACAUCAUGCUGGGCGUCAACCAAGGGGAAGGCUUGAAGUUUGUGGAUGGCAUCGUGGAUAACGAGGACGGUGUGACGUCCAACGACUUUGACUUCUCCGUGUCCAACUUCGUGGACAACCUUUACGGCUAUCCUGAAGGGAAAGACACUUUGCGAGAGACUAUAAAGUUCAUGUACACAGACUGGGCCGAUAAGGAAAACCCGGAGACGCGGCGGAAAACGCUGGUGGCUCUCUUCACUGACCACCAGUGGGUGGCCCCCGCCGUGGCCACUGCCGACCUGCACGCGCAGUACGGCUCCCCCACCUACUUCUAUGCCUUCUAUCAUCACUGCCAAAGCGAAAUGAAGCCCAGCUGGGCGGAUUCGGCCCAUGGCGAUGAGGUCCCCUAUGUCUUCGGCAUCCCCAUGGUCGGUCCCACCGAGCUCUUCAGUUGUAAUUUCUCCAAGAACGACGUCAUGCUCAGCGCCGUGGUCAUGACCUACUGGACAAACUUCGCCAAAACUGGUGAUCCAAAUCAGCCAGUUCCUCAGGAUACCAAAUUCAUUCACACAAAACCCAACCGCUUUGAAGAAGUGGCCUGGUCCAAGUAUAAUCCCAAAGACCAGCUCUAUCUGCAUAUAGGCUUGAAACCCAGAGUGAGAGAUCACUACCGGGCAACGAAAGUGGCUUUCUGGUUGGAACUCGUUCCUCAUUUGCACAACUUGAACGAGAUAUUCCAGUAUGUUUCAACAACCACAAAGGUUCCUCCUCCAGACAUGACAUCAUUUCCCUAUGGUACCCGCCGAUCUCCUGCCAAGAUAUGGCCAACGACCAAACGCCCAGCAAUCACUCCUGCCAACAAUCCCAAACACUCUAAGGACCCUCACAAAACGGGACCCGAGGACACAACUGUCCUCAUUGAAACCAAACGGGAUUAUUCCACUGAAUUAAGUGUCACCAUUGCCGUCGGGGCAUCGCUCCUCUUCCUCAACAUUUUAGCCUUUGCGGCGCUGUACUACAAAAAGGACAAGAGGCGCCAUGAGACUCACAGGCGCCCGAGUCCCCAGAGAAACACCACAAAUGAUAUCGCUCACAUCCAGAACGAAGAGAUCAUGUCUCUGCAGAUGAAGCAGCUGGAACACGAUCACGAGUGUGAGUCGCUGCAGGCACACGACACGCUGAGGCUCACCUGCCCACCAGACUACACCCUCACACUGCGCCGGUCGCCAGAUGACAUCCCACUUAUGACGCCAAACACCAUCACCAUGAUUCCAAACACACUGACGGGGAUGCAGCCUUUGCACACUUUUAACACCUUCAGUAGAGGACAAAACAGUACAAAUUUACCCCACGGACAUUCCACCACUAGAGUGUAGCUUGGCAGUAUUUCCCUUCCUAUCCCUCUGCACCACCCCCUCAGCAACAUAGAAGAGACAAAGAGAAUCUCCAAACCAGGAAUGUUUUUUUGCCACCGACUUUAGAUAAAAAUGCAAAAGGGCAGUAAUCCCAUCCCAGCAGACACUUCUCAUUGGCAUUUUCCAGUAUUGUGAGAUCAAUUUCUGACCAUAUGAAAUGUGAAUAGUAUCUGUUUCUGUUACAAUACUGCUUUAAGAUCUCUAUCAUGCCAACAGAUAUUUUGUGUGACUAGGACAUCACCAUUUCAAGGACCUGUGUGUUUC